UGAGGGCAUGGAGCUCAGAGAGACGUUACCCAACCAGGAUGGAAGCUUCCAGAAGAGAAGCAUUCUGACAGUCUCAGCUGAGGAUCUGCAGAAACACACCUGCACCUGUGUGAUUCAGCACAGCAGCUUGGAGAAGGACAUGGUGCUGAAUGAGGAGGAUAUUCGAAUCCUGAAUCCUGAUGGAGGAUCAGGUAGAGGAUCAGGUGGAGGAUGGAUUGGUGUAGUCGUGGUUCUCAUCAUUGUUGGUGGUGGUGUUGGAAUUGUCUGCUGGAAGAAGACCUACUCUGACUUCACACGCGUUCCAGAUUCAGACUGUGAGAGACCCUCUGAAGUGACGAGUGAUUUACUUGUGCAUGGUGUGACUACAGCUUCACUGCCCUCUCAGAUCCGCUCAGAAAGUGUAAAGAUUUUCAAUGUUUAUAAUAAACUUACUACUAAGCUGACUAAAUGAUACGGAAGAAGUGGGACAAAGUCUAAGUUCAAGUGCUUCUAGGUGUGCAGGAUGUGUUUCAUGUCCUGUGAAAGACUGCCGUCCCUUAUAGCGUCUACUUAAGACAGAUUAAUCUUUAGUUAAAAAGAAUGUGUGAAGAAAAAAGACUUACAAGUAUUUGUUUAAUUCUCACAAUUGUGUGAGUGAUGUGAAGAAUAGCAAUAUAACUGAGGUCAGUGCUGUAAGAGCUCAUACUGAAGUUUACCGAUAUUUAUGGAAUAUUUAUGACUGAUUUUUUUUAUAUAUAACUUAUUGUGUUAUAACUAUUUGAAAUGACUUGACCCUUUGUAAAAUUACAAUUUUUGUACGUCAGAGCACUGUAACACUCUCAGAGGAAAACGCUAACUUCCCUCUUCCACAUGCAUGAUGCCCAUGAUUGGUUAGUGGCAUUGUUAUUGGCAGGUGAUGGAGGUUUGCCCCUCCCACCCUGACAGCACCCUGAACCCUGUUCAACCUUUUAAAUAAGACUUUUAAACCCUUUUAAAAAAGUAUUUUCUUUUCUUUCUUUUUUUUCGUAACAAAAACUCGAACUUUUGAACUCAACUGGACAUUAUGUAUUACGAUUAAAACUAAAUUGAAGAAAAGUUUAUGUUGUAAUAAAUCACCUACAUCUCAAAAUGAGAGCACUUUAUUACCAAGUACUAUGUUUUAUACUUUUUUUAAUGCAACAUACUUUUGGUGAAUUACCUGAUAAACUUGAAAAUAAAGUCACU